GCGUGUAGGUUUGAUUGGCAUCGUGUUCUCUGGUAGUCUGCUGCGGGACUAGGACAGACAGCUGAGGGGGGUCUAAAUUUCCAACUGGGACGGUCAGUGGACUACCGCGAACUCACACGCACGAUUCACAGGUCUUCACAGUUGACUGAUGAGCAGCCAGUAGGACUACAACGACGGGCAGAGCCAUGCAGCAGGUAUUGGAUAAUGUGGGUGAAUUACCCAACUCCACGGGCGCCAAAGACAUCGACCUGCUCUUCCUGCGUGGCAUUAUGGAAAGUCCCAUUGUACGCACCCUGGCUAAGGCUCACGAGCAGCUGGAGGAAGUGAAGCUGGAGGCGGUGCAGGACAACAAUGUAGAGCUGGUGACAGAGAUCCUGGGUGACAUCAACAACCUCAAGGUUAAAGAUGACAGCGCUACAGAACUAUCUAGGAUCCUGCAGGAGCCACACUUCCAGUCUCUUUUGGAGGCUCACGACAUGGUGGCCUCAAAAUGCUAUGAAGUCCCACCCCAGACUGAGACAACCAAUGAAGCAGCAGUGAACAGCGCUCUGAUGCAGGCCGACGCUGUGCGCAUGAUUGGCAUUCGAAAGAAGGCUGGAGAGCCCCUGGGAGUGACAUUUCGUGUGGAGAAAGAUGACCUGGUCAUUGCUAGAAUCCUUCACGGAGGCAUGAUUGACAGGCAGGGCCUGCUCCACGUAGGUGACAUUAUAAAGGAAGUGAACGGAAAGGAUGUUGGCAACAACCCCACCGAGCUGCAGGAGAUGCUCAAAGAUUGCAGCGGAGGAAUCACAUUGAAAAUUCUCCCAAGCUACCGAGACGCUCCCGCACCUCCACAGGUGUAUGUGCGGCCAUACUUUGACUACAACCCAGCCAAUGACAACCUGAUCCCUUGUCGAGAGGCGGGGAUGGCCUUCAAGAAAGGUGACAUCCUUCAGAUUGUCAACAGAGAGGAUCUUAACUGGUGGCAGGCAUGUCAUGUGGUCGGUGGGGCUACAGGACUGAUUCCUAGUCAGUUCUUGGAGGAGAAGAGGAAAGCGUUUGUCCCUCGAGACUUUGAUGGAUCAGGGAUCCUUUGUGGCACCAUAGCUGGAAAAAAGAAGAAAAAGAUGAUGUACCUGACUGCCAAGAAUGCAGAGUUUGACAGGCAUGAGCUGCAGAUCUAUGAGGAAGUGGCAAAAGUGCCACCAUUCCAGAGAAAGACACUGGUUCUGAUUGGUGCACAGGGCGUAGGCCGACGCAGCCUGAAGAACCGACUAAUGGUUCUCCACCCCACCCAUUUCGGCACCACUAUACCAUACACUUCACGACGAGCCCGUGAUCACGAGCUGGAUGGCAACUCCUACCACUUCACCAGUAGGACCGAAAUGGAGAACGACGUGAAGGCUGGCCAGUUCCUGGAGCAUGGCGAGUAUGACGGUAACCUGUAUGGCACCAAGAUUGAGUCCAUCCAUGAAGUGGUGGCCACAGGACGCACCUGCAUCCUGGAUGUCAACCCACAGGCUCUGAAGGUACUGAAAACAGCAGAGUUCAUGCCUUAUGUGGUGUUCAUUGCAGCGCCAGAUUUUGAUACACUCAAGGCCAUGCACAAAGCUGUGGUGGACGCAGGCAUCACAACUAAGCAACUCACGGAUGUGGACCUGAGAAAGACGGUGGAGGAGAGCGCCCGUAUCCAGAGGGCUUAUAGCCACUACUUUGACCUGACCAUCAUCAACGACAACCUGGACAAGGCAUUUGAGACGUUACACGCUGCUGUGGAUAAACUGUGCAGUGAACCCCAGUGGGUCCCAGUAAAUUGGGUGUACUGAGGAUCAGCAGCAGUGCUACCAGUGUCCACCACAAGUGGGUCACCCUUGCCCACCAGCACGUCCAUGUCUGACCACGAAGGCCAAAGAAGAAGAGGGCAAACAUUCUUCUGAAAAAUAACAAAUAAUUAAAACAGAUACUCCAAGUGUUGCUAACUCUCGUCCUCGGCCUGCACACUGUGCAAUGUUUUUUCUACUCAAAACUUCAAGGGAAAGAGCGUUUAUUUAUUUUCUAACUUUUUAUGAAAGAUCUUUCUAUUCAAUGUGGAAUUCCAGUGAGAAUGAAAGAAAAAAAAAAUCUGGUCACAUACUUUGACCGUAUUUUUGCAUUAAUUUAUUGCUAUAGUUACACAUCUUAUUUUGUAGUAAUUUCAAAUUGAUUUCAAAUGUUGUCUCUUCCUUCAUGGAUACCCAGGAUUUAUGAUCCCCACCUGAGCUCCAAAGUGAAGACAGUGAGAGACAGUGGAUUAGAAGACCUUUGAGGAGUCAUUGUCCAAGAAACCUGCCAGUGUCAUUGCCAUAAGCGACUUGUGUAGCUGUUUAUUUUUUAAAAUCUCUUCAGUACAAUUAAGUCCUUUAGUGUUCUUGAGUAGCUGACUCUUAGCUCUGCUAUAAAUGUACUCCACAUGAUCAACUGAGCAGAAAUAGAGGUUAAAAGGCAUGUUUGGUCACAAACUUUACAUCUUUUUCAGGUUCAAACAACAUCUGUGUCUGUUAAUUUUGUGUAGUUUUGCUUUUUUUACACUAGUUUUUCAUCAAUUUGAUGAUUUGUAGAGUGUAGUGUUUUGUCACAUGCAUUCGUUUUCUGUUUUAAUUGCUGUUGUCAGCCUGUCUGUUUGAUCAUUACAAUGUCAUUGCCCAUCAUUUUUACUGUUUACAGAAGCCAGUUUGUUUUUACUGUUUUAUAUAUGUGAAUUUGACAUUAACCCACAUUCCCUUUACAGUUCUUAGGUGUUGACACAUGCCAAAGCCCUAAUCACCCUAAGUAAAGUUUAAAAUUCACAAUAGUUAAGUAGAGGUAGAUUUUUUUUUAAUUCACAUUAAUAGAAAUUACAUUAUUUACCAUGAGCCUUCACCAUUUAUAAACAAUACAUAUCACACAUUCCUUAUGAGAUCCAUGUAUGUUCAUAUAUAGUAUGUGCAAUGUGGCUCAUUGAGGAAUGUACACUUUGUGUCAAGUGUUUGUCAUAUGUACAGCGAGGAACCGCAUUUCCCUGUACAAUAAAAUUCAUGUGUAAUGUGCAAUAUGUAUUGUUUUUAAAUGCUGUAGGCUUGUCAUGAAAUAGGAUUGGCCCUUCAACUACAGACUGUAAUACAACUAUAAUUUAACAUUAUAAAUGUGGAUGUCAUAAACUCAGCAAAGUGAAAGAGCAAACUUCUAGUAUUAUUGUAUGUCUCAAUGCUUUGUUAGUCUUUGUCAAAAAAAGAAAAAUAUUUUUAAAAAUGCUAUUAAGGUCAGACCAUUAAGAAUAAAUGACCUACUAGACAUAUUCUCUGCAAUAUAGUUAACAUUUCAAAAUCCUGGGGUCAGUCUGUGCCACAUUUUUAAAAACUGCCUUGAUGUUUCACAUCAACUUCAUGUCUACAGAUUUGUUUUUACAUUUUUAUCAGCAAAGUUAUGAUGUUAUGAAGUUUAUUACAACACACAAAAUUUGUUUCAUACACCUGUGUGUGUAUAUUAUUUUACUGCAUGUCUUACAAAAUUAAUAAUUGGCAUAUUCUGACAUAAGGCUGGGUAUCGACACAGCUGUCUUCUUUUUUGGUGCAGCCUCCAACGUUUCUCUAGAACCAAGCAUCAGCUACUGUGAAGUACCCAAAUUGGCAACCAGUGGUUGGUGAGGUUCAGUCUUUUUUUUUUUUAAAGUUAUUCUUUGGCCAGAUUUUUCCUGAUUUAACUACUGUACUAUUUGAGAAUAGAGAGCAAAGUCCUUGCAUUUGUGGAUAAUUAGAAUUCAAUGGGCU